GUCAGAGGAAGCCCACAUUUUGUCACAAGCUGAACAGCCAUUUUAGCAAUGAACUCAUCAAACGAUUAUAGACAGGUCUCCACAUCUCUCUGAUACACAAUAAUAUUACCUAUUAGGAUACAGAGACACACGGCAUUAGAUGGGAAUACGUCUGCAAAACAUGCGAGAUCAGACUCCUCAGUAGAAGCUUCUCCAGAAAUGUCCCAACCACACUAUACAAUCUCACAGACGGGUAUGAUGGGAGGAACUGCUAUCAACAGCACUGUAGCGGGUGUUAUCAAUUAUGGAUGGUCGCCUCUUUCGGAUUUGAUAGCCGAAACAAACCUGAAAAUCCAAUCGACACGUGCGAAAAACCAUGUUUCGACCCAUGUAGAAGAUGUUGCCUACAGACAUCUGACAGAGAAAGGCUGUGUGGUCAUCAAGGGAAGGUCAGGAACUGGCAAGUCACAUCUUGGCUACACUCUGUUAGAAAGAGUAUCAAAGGCGUUCUCACGACUACCGCUAAAAAUAUCCUCCCCUGACGAAUGGGCCUAUGUACCGAAAUCAAUGCCCUGCGAUAAGUAUGUGGUUAUGAUUGACGAUAUUUUUGGUUCUUGUAAUCUAAUAAAAUACAAUCUGGACCAGUGGAGACCGAGGUUUGAACUUGUGUGGCCUUCAGUUGAAGCUGGUACAAUCUGGAUAGUGAUUACGUCAAGGCCUGAAAUAAUUUCUCAAGCAAUGCCAAACUUACAGAGAUAUAACAUAUUCAGCCUUUCAACAGAUAUCCGAUUGGAUGUUGGAAAUCAUUGUCUCACAGUAGACGAAAAACUACAGUUUAUUUCCACAGUGUGUGGAAAAUAUGUCCCUCAAGGACUCAGAAGAGAGAUUGCAAGUAUAAACACUGCUCUAGGCUUCCCUCAGUGCUGCGUAUUUUUUGCUUCAAAUGAGCAUGUUCAAAGAAAAGGACUGGAGUUUUUUCAUAAGCCAUUUGAGUAUAUCAGUUUUGAACUUAAUAGUAUCAAGAAGGAGCAAAGGGAAUCGUUUUAUGUUUUACUACUAGUGUUAUUAUACAAUGGGUAUUUACCGAUCAAAGAGUUGAAGACAUUAAAUCAUUCUCGGGAUUUUAAAACUCGGUGCAAGCAAAUUAAAGAAGUGUGUGGUUUGAAACAAAAGCCAGUCAUUAGGGAAAUUGCUGAAUUUCUCUGUGAGAUUUAUCUUGUGAGUGACGGAAAGAUGUACAUGUUUUCGCACAGGUCGAUACAUGAUGUCUUGUUGGUGGAUUUGUGUAAAUCAUACCCAGAUUUAGGAAUCGAAUUCUGCACCCCAUCAACGUUGGUAGAAUUCGUCAGAACGAAAGACGAGCAAGUUGAGAUUUGUGAAACAGCAAAUGCAGUUGUCCUUAAUGAAGAUUUGUAUCCUGCAUUUGCAAACAAACUCAAGGAGUAUUUAUCAGAAGAGGACAGUCGAGACAUAGUGCUGUCUCACCCUUCUCUAAAUAAUGUUGACAUCUUAGAGGAAAUGUUCAGAGAAUGGGAUGUUACAAAUAUUCACAGGAUGUCAAUGCAUGAAAUGUCCUCAUAUUUGAUAUUAGCAAACGACAUGUUGUCAGAGAAUGUUGUCCGCCGUACUUACGUGUAUUGCUUAUCCCACAUAAUCUUCAACAAGAUGACAGAGUUUGCAAAGCUAAUUAUUGAAUCAUUCGGAGCUGCUACAGAUGAUACCCAGUCUGUCUUGGAUGAAGCGUUAACGUGUGCUGUAGACAGGAGCCAGAAUGAUUUAGUAGAAAUGUUACUCUCCCACAGAGCACACCCCUCAAAUGAAUGUUUUCGACUUCUAGCUGGAAGGCCAUCCAUCGAAUCUGAUAAUUGCGUAAAGCUAACAGAAAAGAUGAAACCAGAACCAGAAGAACUGAAUCAUUUGCUUCAAAUUGCAAUACAGAGCUGCAAUGUGAUAUGUGUCAAAAGGAUAAUUGAUUUGUGCAAUACACAUAUACAAGAUCCCACACAGUUAUACAGUCAGUAUCUACAAAUGUGUAUUGACAGACACACUCAGAAAUGUUGUGUUCCAGGUCAAGAAUGUAUACGCAAAGAGGAUAGGAUGGCAACAACUGACAUAUCCAAAGCUGUUGAUGUCAUAAAACUACUUCAGGGAGAAGGUGGCACCAUGGAUCUCGAUGAAAUGUUGAUUCUUGCCUCAUGUCAACAUGAAUCAGAUAAAGUGCUUGAGCUGUUACACGAGGUCUUUCAAAUUCCCCAUUCUGCUCCAGAUGAUGUUCAAGAAAGUUGGUGUCACAGUAAGAAGCAUCACCAGUUCUUGAAGUCUUUAAGAGAUAUGGAAACGUCAGUACAGGUGCAGCCCAAAACAGCCAGUGUUCUUCUCCAAAGGGCAGCAUGGAAACAGUGUCAGGAAUGUGUUAGCAUCUUCCUUUCAUGGCCUGGUGUAACUGACCCUGAUGACAAGGGUAACACAGUUUUUCACUAUUUGGUUGGUUCUUGUGAAGUCCACCACCAUGAUGUAUUGGAGUUUCUACUAAAGGAAAGGGUGUCUGGAAAGCAGAAGCCUAAUAAUAAAGGUCAGUUACCUCUGCACGUUGCCACGAUUGUCAAGUGUGUGAAAUGUGUCAGUUCGUUGUUAUCGACUUCUGACAUAGAUGCCCAGGAUUGCAAUGGUGACACAAUAGUACAUUGUUUGUACACUUAUGGCAGGCUGGGUACCCCUUGGAAACAGGAAGUACAUGAGCUAUUGCAAUUGUUUAUUGAUAACAGGGCUAACGUUCAUAUAAAAAAUGGACUGGGUAAGACAGCCCUGCAUUUGGCAGCAGAGAGACCUUGUGUGCAGUGUGUUCAACUUUUGGUGCCUGUGUCAGAAGUAAACGCCCUUGAUAAAGCCGGUAACACUCCUUUACAUUCUUUACAUAAGGGCAAAAUCCAUAUAUCUGCAUCAAGUGUAGAUUCCUGCCGUAUGAUCUAUCAACUAAUCAUCGAGAAAGGAGGUGAUAAACAUAUCACAAACAUAGAAAGACAGUCAGCGUUACAUUUGGCAGCGCUGGGACGGUGCACGGAAGGUGUAAAACUUUUAGCAACUGAAACAGGUGUGAAUGGACGGGAUAGACAUGGUAACACACCUUUACUCUAUGUACACCAAUGUGUGCAUCCUAUUGGUUGUGCAGGUGACUGCAGUGAAAUGCACAAUGUCCUUGUUGAAAAUGGAGCAGAUGCUAAAAUCAAGACCAAGACUGGAAAGACAGCUCUUCAUUAUGCAGCAGCGAUACAGUGUGAAGGAAGUGCAAAGAUCUUACUACCUCUGUCCGAUGUAGAUGCCCAGGAUGCACGUGGCGAUACAGCGUUGCAUUGUAUACAUGAAAAAUGUCAUGGUUCACGCCACAAAGAAAUGUAUAAAAUGUUCAUUGAUAAAAAGGCAAAUGUAGAAAUAAAAAAUAGGUCUGGACAGACCCCUCUUCAUAUGGCAGUAGAAAGACAGAAUAUUGACAAUGUUAGACUCCUGCUAUCUGUGGCUGACCCAAACGCUCAGGAUAUGUAUGGUAGGACAGCUUUGCACUAUGUACGUCACAAUAAUGAAGAGGAUAAUUGCCAUGAAUUAUGUAAACUCUUUGUGGAAAAGAUGGCCGAUGGAAAUAUCAAAGAAAAGACUUAUGCAGAAACGGCUCUGCACGAGGCAGCAAGGAGGCAAUGUCCAGAAUGUGUGAGACUGUUGCUUGAGGUGACAGACGUGAAUGUCAAAGAUAACAAAGAUAACACAGCUGCUCAUGGCAUACACGAUACAAGUAUAUUUACUACAGAGGAAGAUAACUGCCACGAAAUAUUACGCCUUCUUAUUCAGAAGGGUUUACAUGGCCAUCUCAGAAACAAAAUGGGACAGACAGUGCUGCAUUUAAUAGCAAGUAAGCAAUGUUUUCAAGGUGUCAAAUUGUUACUUGCUGUGUCAGACGUAAAUGCCCAAGACAAUGCAGGCAACACAGCUUUCCACUGCUUGCAUUCUGCACACUUUUGUAAGGACGGAUGUGAAAAGAUUUACCACGAUCUUAUUGCUAAAAGGGGUGAUGUUCAGAUCAAGAACAGAAAGGGACUGACAGCUCUGCACAAUGCAGGAAAAAGUAAAUGUACAAAAUGCGUAGAGCUGAUGCGAAAGGUGUUAGAUGUAAAUGCCAAAGAUGAAGAUGGCAACACCGCCCUCCACUACAUACAUGACACAUACUGUACGAAGCCGUGUCGAGAAGUACACCAACUCCUCUUUGAAAGGGGGGCGGAUGGGCAUGCCAAGAACAAGUGGGGACAGACACCUCUGCAUCUUGCAGCACGAGAACAAUGUAGAGAAGGUGUAAGUGUGUUGCUACCUGUGUCAGACGUGAACUCUCAGGAUCAAGCUGGCAACACGCCUUUGCAUUGUGUUUAUGAUAUAUGUUUUGAAGAACAGGAUGAUAGAUAUCGCGAGUUAUAUGAACUCCUUACUGAGAAUGGGGCUGAUAUUCAUAUAGAAAACGGGAGAGGAGAGACGGCUGAGCAGUUGACGAAGAAAAGACGUAUGUUCCAUGGACAAGUAACAGAGGACUAGCGGUAAUCGGGCAGCAUUAUUAUGUGCAAGCAAAAUCCAUAACAUUUGUGAAGUGAACAUCAUCUGUGUUUUGUAACUGUGGAAGAUCAAGACAAGGGAAUGCAGGACCCCAAAAGAGAAGAUAUUGGAUCCAAAUAUUUCAAUCAACACAUUCUCUCAUGACAUAUCCAAGAAGAGUUUCUUUGUGGUGUAUAUAGAAUAAAUUUGAUGUGUUUGAGUGUAAAUAUGUUAUGCAAACCAGUUUACUUCAAAUCAGAGGAUAUACACACAUAAAAUGCACUGAUCAUUUGUGAAUUACCGAAUGUGAGUAUGUGUGUGUGUAUGUGUGUGCGUGUGCGUCUGUGUGUGUAACCUUGUUAAUAUGUACAUCGGUUUCAUUGAAUCAGAAGAUGUAUAUGACAUCUUUAUAUAUCGCAUCAAUGCAGGAUGUUCAGUGGAGGAUUGUAUUGUGAUGCUAUUGUGCACUGAAACACUAUGUCACAUAUAAUGACACUGCAAUUGUAACCUUGUAAUACAACAACAUACCUAUAUCAUUCCAUCGUGUUGCAUUCAAUUACAAGUUUCUAUCUCUGUACAUAAUUAUUCUUAGAAUAUUUUAUGCCCAGUCAUUUUAUGAUACUAAUGUGACUAAGCUCAAUGAAUAUUUUACAGGCUCUUCAAAGAGAAUAUAUAUAUAUUUGAUGACUAUUCACAUGUCUCCUGCCUUGGCUAUGCCACAAAACUGGAAAAAAGUAUUCACAUAAUGCUUUUUAUAAGGGUAGAUGGAUGAGGUGCACCAUCGGAUAAUUUAACAUGCAAUGGAACCGAUUUGGGUGAACAAUAUUCUCUACUGAUAUGCCACUCCUUGUAACUAUACUGCGAUAGAAAUGGCCAGUCUUAUCAAUGCUGUUAGGUAAAUGCGCCCUUUAAAAUUAAAUAUUGUAUGUGAAUUAAACCUGGCAUCUCAGUCUAUUGCGAUUAUUAUGAUAAUCAUGAUCUCACAGUAGUCAAUCAAAAAUCACGCCCUAAUCUGAAGCUGUAGAAAAGGUGAAUCUGAGUUUGGAAUCGCAUCACAUUAUAAUAAACACAUCACAUCGGAAAUGUUUGUUCAAAGCGAAGGGUUUCUAUUCGCUUCCACGUUGUUCAUUAAACGUUUAAUAAUAUUUUCCUUCUCAUGUAGAAUGUGAAUAAUAUUCAGCUAUUUACUAGCUCUACGUCUUUAUCAAACAUGAAAAUCUUAAGAAAAGGAAUUUUAUUGCUUCUAAAUAUUCACCUUGAAAAUGUGAAGUUUUCGAUUGUGGGA